ACAACGACCGCGACGAGGACGACGACGACGAGGCGGCGACAUUUCCAACUACCCCCUCCAACUUCCGAGUAUUCCCCCUUCGACACCCCCCCUCGAAACCCUAGGGAACAGAUCGCGGUCUCCGAGUCCUAGGGUUUCCCUCGGCGGAGCCAUGGCGGCGGCGGCGAUGGCGACGGCGGCGGGGACCGCGGUGCUGCUCUACCUCGUGCUCAGCGGCCGCCUCUCUCCGGCGGCGGCGGCGGCGGCGGCGGCGGCCGUGGUGGAGGAUGGCGAGGAGCGGGGCCUAUUGAGGGGCGGCGACGCGGCGGCGGAGGAGGAGGAGGAGGAGGAGGAGAAGAAGAAGAAGAAGAAGAAGGGGGCGAGGAAGGGGCGAGGGAGGUGGCCGGACAAGCCCCCGGCGACGUGGGGCGAGGCGGCGGCGAUCGCGGCGAGGACGGUGCGGUUCACGUACUCGGAAACCCUAGGGAAGUGGCCCCUCGGCGAGAUCGCGUUCGGGAUCAAGUACUACAUGAAGCAACAGGGUAGCCUGCAGCAUGAGUAUGCUGGAAGCAAUUGUGUACAACUAAAAGGCCAGGAAAUUCUGACAGAGCUGAUUAAUCUGUUAAGAUACUUGAGGCUCUGCAUGUUUUUCUCGAAAAAACCAUUUCAAGUGUUUUUGGAGUUUGGAGGGUACAAUCAAGAUGAUGUUCUCAUUCAGAAGUCUAAGGCGAGGCUUUUGAAGCCGGCUUUUACAGUUGUUUGUGAUAAAAGUUCCAAGUGUUUUCUUCUUCUAAUUCGGGGGGCUAUAAGUGUUAAAGAUCGACUAACAGCAGCAACUGGGGCGGAGGUUCCGUUUCACCAUAUUGUUUUGCGUGAAGGACGGAUCAAUAAUUUAGUCUUAGGAUAUGCUCAUUGCGGGAUGGUUGCUGCGGCACGUUGGAUUGCAAAACAUGCUAUUCCCUCCCUCAGUAAAGCAGUCCAACAAUUUCCUGAUUACAAAAUCAAGAUCAUUGGGCAUUCAAUGGGUGCUGGUAUUGCAGCAAUUCUGACAUAUAUUCUUCGUGAGAAUGAGAAGUUCUCGUCGUGCACAUGUAUUGCUUUUGGUCCAGCUGCUUGCAUGACAUGGGAGCUGGCCGAGUCGGGCAAAGACUUCAUUACGACUCUUGUUAAUAAAAAUGACCUGGUCCCAUCAUUCUCGAAGGUUUCUGCCGAGAACCUCCGUUUCCAGGUCAUGGCGUCAUCAUGGCUAAGUGAUCUAAGAGAGCAAAUUAAGCGAACGAGAUUCUUAAACAUCGUUAAUUCCUACGUGUGCUUUAUGCGAUCUCAUCUACCAUUUCCAUCGAAUCCGAGGUCUAAGGUCGUCGACGCCGAUAUGCUCCGCGCUUUGUCGAGCGGUUCUGAGUCUGCCACAAACCGCUCCGGCGAUGCCACACGAUCGACGAAUGGCCAUUCAACUCUAUCUUGCUGGUCAUGCAUCGGAGCACGAAGACGGGCUGUGAGCUCCGCGAGAAACCCUAACCCUGUACAGGACUGUGUAUUCGAAUCUAUUAUGACAUCCCAAACAAACACCGGCACUCGUAAAGUUGAAAACGCCGGCUAUGAACCGGUAGUAGCUGAAUCAGCCUCUGGUUCUUCUUCUGCCUCUGACGACGAAGAAAAACACCCAGAAGACAAAGCACCUGCUUCUUUAAAGGAAAUAGCCGAAGAGGAAGCCGCGCUCCUCAAAGAAGCCGAGCUGAAUAAGCGGGAGGCUCGCCAGUUAUACCCCCCGGGAAGAAUCAUGCACAUGGUCGUGCUCCCCUCGUCGGAUUCGAAUCCGGGCGAGGAUGCCAACGGGGAUGAGUUUGUCGGUAUAUACGAAACUCCGAGGGAGCUCUACGGGAAAAUCCGCCUAGCUCGAAGUAUGAUAAGGGAACACUACAUGCCGAGGUAUAUAAAGACGAUGGAGUUGUUGAUCGAGAAGCUCGGUAAGGACGAGAGCGAAUGUACAUCUUCUUUGUAACGUGUACAAAGACGACGACGAUUGAAUUCAAAUGAUUGAUUUGAGGCAGGUUGGAAGGGGAUGGUGGUGAUAGUGGGGCUGUAGAUCUUCUUUGAAAUGUUUGAUUUGAUAUUAUGGAAUUGUACAGAACUCAAGACAUUUUUUAUAAGUGACCAUUGAAUUUA